AACGAAUUUCACCCUCGAGGCACGCGCAAUUGAAUACUCAAUCACUAAUACAUCUACCUCCAUGACCAUUCCAACACAAUGGCCACCUCCCCCAUCCCAGUGACCAUCAUCACCGGCUUCCUCGGCGCCGGCAAAACCACCCUCAUCCUCCACCUCAUCCCCCAACUCCCCCCCACCUACCGCAUCGCGCUCCUCAAGAACGAAUUUGGCGACGUCGCCGUCGACUCCCAACUCGCCUCUGCCUCCUCCAUCUCCGGCGUCCGCGAGAUUCUCAAUGGCUGCAUCUGCUGCAAUCUAGUCGGACAACUCUCCGACGCGCUCCUCGAGCUGCGCACUUCCGUUAAUCCUGACCGCGUGAUCAUCGAGACGUCCGGCAGCGCGUUCCCCGCGACGUUGGCGAUGGAGGUGAACCGCAUCGGGCGGGAGACAGGGGCGUUCGCGCUGGACGGGGUGGUGAGCGUGAUCGACGUGGAGAACUGGAAGGGGUAUGAGGAGACGAGCGUCACGGCGAAGCUGCAGGCGCGGUACACGGACUUGAUCGUGCUAAAUAAGUGGGAGGGCGUGGGAGAGCGGCGGAUCGAGGAUGUGGAGGAUCGGAUUGGGGAUUUGGAGGUGGAUACGCCGAAGGAGAAGUCGGAUCGGGGUUGGGUGAGUCGGGAUGUGUUGCUGGGGAUUGAUGCGAAGCUCGCGGGAUUGGGGGUGGAAAAGGGGGGGGCAGAGGAGCAUGGGCAUGAGCAUGGGCACGGUGAGCAUCAUAAUGAGGUGGAGGUGCUGUCGAUCACGCUCUCGGGGUCAUCCGAAGAUGCAGUCGAUAUUGGGAGAUUGGUCAAGUUGCUGGAGGACGCACCUAGGGAAGAGGUGUACAGGAUUAAAGGCAUUCUGAAGUGCAAAGUACAUCCUGUUUCUUCUGAUGACGACAGAAAUAAACCUCCACCUGCGCAUCCCUUGCCUAAGGAGUAUAUAUUGAACUGGGCAUUCGGAAGAUGGACAUUUACGGCUAUUGGGCCUGCCCCAGAGGCAAAUACAAACGGAGUUGACAUAGACCUAGUUCUACGGCUGACUGUCGUCACUGCUCGAGAAGAGUCAUCCAAGUGGAAGAAGAGAAUAGAGGCGGAAAAGUUCAUUAUUUUAGAAGGAGAGGGAAGCCCCGGAUCCCUCACUAUCACGACCAUAUCCUGAGAAGCACUGCUGGAGUACGUGCUAGAAGAUACCAAACAUAGACAUGAAGUACAAUAGAUGUACAGAAUCGA